UGCCUAAUAAAUUUCUUCCUCCAUUUGUUUAAAACUUAUCCAAAAUCCCCAAUAAAAGAAAAGCCCCUUUAAGACAGAAGCAUCUCUUUUGUGGUUUCUGCUUGUCUUGUUAAACAUUAACACCAAGAAUCUUGCAUUUAUCUCAAUUCACAUUUUUCUCAUUCUUAGUAUAAUGCCAUUAACUGCCUUAUACUAAAAAAUUAAACUGGGUCGGUCUUAUUUUAGUUCAUCUAGGGACCAUCUUUCUCUUUCUCUCCAUUUCUCUUUCAUUCUCACCUUCUCCCUUUUUCAGCAUAUAAUCAAAAAUCCCUUCACACUUUUCCAUACGUUUUCAUUAUACAUAUUUGAUCCCUUAUUCUCCAAUACUACUCUUCUUUUAGUAACUCUAUCCUUCCCUACAAGCAAAGUUGUUCACUUUUCUUGAUUCUUGAUUUCUUUUUUUCUUGCUUUUUUGGUUUGUAAGUUUCUGUUUUGCUUUUCAAGAUCCACUCACAAAAUGGGGUUUCUUCAAAGUAGUUAUACUAACUCUAUAGAGCCUAUUCACAGUUCAUACCCUUUAAAGACUCAAUCUUUAGACACUGAUACUAAUGACCAUGAGUUAAAAAUCAAGUCUUUAAUUUACAGAAUGAUUUGGGAUUUCGGGUUGGCCUGUUUUAACCCGACCCGACUCCGGCGAGGGUCCGGCAAGGAUAACAAUGAUAAGGGUAAAAGUGUCAGUAGCUUGGAACAUAAUAAAGCUUGGUUACUUGCUGAGUCAGGUGCUUGUGGUACUGAGUUAAUUAAUGCUGAGCCACAUUCUGUUCAUUCUUCUUUUAGGUUCAGUUUUUGUUCUCAGGUUGAACUUGAGUCUAUGAAUGUGAAUAACAGAUGUUCUUCUGCAACUGUUUUGAUGGUGAAUUUGGAUAAUGGGUUGACUGAUCCUUUGUCUAGAGAGCUUAAAUGGAGGAAAAUUCAAUCACUUGAGAGGAGUAUUUCACCUGUCACUCAUUCUUUAAUUAGGUUCACUUAUGCUGAGAUUGCUUCUGCUACUCGCAAUUUUUCUAAAGGUAGAGUUUUGGGAAGAGGAGCAUUGAGCUAUGUUUUCAGAGGAAGAGUUGGAUUUAUGAGGACUACUGUUGCGAUUAAGCGGUUAGAAAGGGAAGACAAGGAAUCUCCAAAGGCAUUUUGUAGGGAAUUGAUGAUCGCUAGUUCUCUUCAUAAUCCAUACAUUGUUCCUCUGGUUGGUUUUUGCAUUGAUCCAGAGGAGGGUUUCUUUUUGGUAUACAAGUAUGUAUCUGGCGGAAGUUUAGAGCAUCAUUUGCACGAUAAGAAGAAGAGGGGAGUGAAAAGUAGUCCAGCACUUCCAUGGUCUACACGGUAUAAGGUGGCCGUAGGCAUUGCAGAUUCAAUAGGGUAUUUGCAUUAUGGCACUGAGAGGUGUGUUGUUCACAGGGACAUCAAACCCUCCAACAUUCUUCUCUCAUCAAAGAAGACGCCCAAGUUGUGUGACUUUGGUUUAGCUACAUGGACUCCUGCACCUUCUGUUCCUUUCCUUUGUAAAACAGUUAAAGGAACAUUCGGGUAUUUAGCUCCUGAAUAUUUUCAGCAUGGUAAAAUAUCGGAUAAAACCGAUGUUUAUGCCUUUGGAGUCGUCCUCCUGGAGCUGCUAACUGGAAGGAAGCCAAUUGAAGGGAAAGGAGGACCAGGAGAAGAGAACUUGGUGUUGUGGGCAAAGCCACUGCUGCAGCAAGGAGCUCUUGAAAAGUUUCUUGAUCCGAGACUCAAAUUUCCUCGAAAGAACCUAGACCAAAUAACUCGGAUGACUCAAGCAGCAGCUGCAUGUAUACACAGUGAAGAAUCUCGAAGGUCCAGUAUGGAUGAGAUCAUUGCCAUAUUGAGGGGCACAGAAGUUCGUUCAUUGAACAGGAAGAAGUCUAUUUCCAGUAAUAAUUGUAUGAUUGAGUGUUAUCCCCAGUUGCAGCGGACCAAAAGUGAAAUGAAUAGUCACUUAGCCUUGGCAAUGUUAGGAGUAACUGACUUUGAGGGUGAUGAUUUUUGUUGUCGUUGACAUGAAGACGAUUAAUUUGAUUAGUUUCUUAUUUUUUUUUUUCUCCUUGUUCUUUUUCCCCUCACUCCAUUCUAAGGUUCUAGGGUGACAACUGAUAAGCUCAUUUAACUUGUAGAUAGAUAGAGAAGUGGUGGUCUGAUUGAAGAAUACACUGUUUGUAUAUAUGUGUCCCUGAUUUUGGUGGGGAAAAUAUGGCAGGUUCUGUUUUGUGAGAGCACAUAAAUAAGUUUGUGAAUUGUUUUCUAGCA